UUUAAUUUAAAUAAAAGAAAUCCUCUGGAUGCUCUCUCCGCUCUUUCGUUCCUGUCAUAGUUUCAUUCGUUCACUCAAAGAAAAGAAAAAGUGAAAACCCUAGCUAGCCUCCACUGCCGCCGAACGGAGUGACCCACUGCCGCCGUCCGUGACUGUCCGAGGAGUCUCUUUUUGUACUGUCGGUGUUAUCCAAGUCAAACCCCCUGUUCGCUCUCUUCUUCCUCGCCGGCGCCCAUCCUCCAUCGUCUUCGUCCUGCUCGUGGUCGUCUUGUUGCCGUCGUCUCAUCGCGCUGAACUGCUGUCUGUCGUCUUGCUCUCCGUUGUGCUCAACCCCUCUCGAAGUUUGCCUCUCAUCUGGGAAUAACAUAGCUUGAGUCUGAGAUAUGGGUGACGACAUUGAUGGAUGGGCAAACAUUCAUGAUGACAUCUUGAAGGAAAUUGCAGAGCACUUUUAUUCGUACGAUGAUUUCAUCCGACUUCGUUUAGUUUGCAAGCAAUGGAGCUUGAAACUUCCAGAGAUCUCCAGCGAGAUUUUGUGGCUGCUGGUACCUGAAGAAUCUUCCAGUACUCAUAUUUAUGAAGACGAGGAGAUCUACCAUCUCAUGAACUUACCUAUUGCUGAUGAAGUACCGCUUGAUAUUCAGUCUCUUGAUGAAGACGAGAUCCACCAUCUCAAGCUACCAGAGAUGCAGAACAAAUUGAUCCGUGGUUCUUUUGGUGGAUGGUUGAUCGUCCUAGAUAUAUACCAAUGUUCGAUGUAUAUGUUAAAUGCAUUUACAAAGGUCCGUUUAGAUCUUCCUCCAAUAUCAACUUUUCCGGAUAUAGUUGACUACAAUCCUAACAAUUAUGGCUUUGAAUAUACUGUUUGGAAUUGGGAUGAUGACAAUAGGGAUGAUUACCGGAUAUCGAGUAGUUUAAAAAAUAGAGUCCAUGUUUGGAAGGUUAUUAUAAAUUCAUGUCCUAGCAAUGACAAUGAAGAUUUUUUGGCAGUGGCCAUAUAUGGACCUCGUUGUACAUUAGCCUUUUACAAACCAAAUGACAAGAGAUGGUUAGAUCUUUCUAGAAAAUCAUCGUUUCAUGAUGUCAUAUUUUUUGGAGAGAAGAUAUAUGCAGUAGACGAAGGUGGCCAGCUAUACGAAUUUGAUACAAACACAAAAUCAGGGCCUGUAGGUGGUAUUCAUGAAGCCAAACCUCCCUCUGAUGCUGCGCUGGGUCCUUACCAGCUUAAAUAUUUGGUUGGGUGUGCUAACGGAAGUUUAUUGAUGUUGGCGAGACAUUUUAUGCCUGGAAGUCACUGGACUUACAAAUUUGAUAUCUAUGAAUUAAAGAAGAAUGCAAAAGAAUGGUCCAGACUAGAUAGUUUGAAAAAUUACGCACUGAUGAUUGGACUCAACUCUUCUGUUCAAAUGCUGCCUGCAAGUCUUCAAACCAAAGGAAAUCAAAUCUACUUUACAGAUAACCUAAUAGAAUUGAAAUCGCUGGACUGUGCCGAAUAUCAAGAUAUUGGCAUCUUCAACUUGGACGAUGGAAGUUGUCAAACACUAUUAGACGAAGAAAAGUUCACGUGUCCUCCCGUCUGGUGUUAUUCUAGCUCAUUUCUUUAGUGUUUUUAUUAUUAUUUUAAAAGAUUAUUUGUAGUGUGUUUGUUCUUCCUUAUAGUAAAAUUUUAAUGAAAACAUGUUUAUCUCCAUUUUGUUAUUAUUCAGUACUGCUAUUUAGACUUGU